AUGAAGUUCUUCUUAACUACCAUCGUUGUGGCGUUGUUGCUGAUUUCUGCGGCUUCAAAGUCACGUUCGGCAAUCAGUUAUCCAGAUGAGGGCGGGACUCCUUCACCGCCAGAAGCAGCGUUGUUGCUGAUUGCUGCGGCUUCAAAGUCACGUUCGGCAAUCUGUUCUCCAGAUGUGGACCGGACUCCUUCAUCGCCAGAAGCAGCGUUGUUGCUGAUUGCUGCGGCUUCAAAGUCACGUUCGGCAAUCUGUUCUCCAGAUGUGGACCGGACUCCUUCACCGCCAGAAGCAGGUUCAUUGGCACAUACCAAUAAGAAGAUCCCACUUAUUCGCACAGGCAAACCCAAGGAGGUGAAUCCCAUGGAGUACCUUACCCAUGACCUAGCCCGGAUGAGUGUGCUGUUAGGGACGCCCAUCUUCUACCCCUCAGAGUAUUUGAAUAUCACAACUCAUGACCGGACAAGUGAUCUGGAUAUGUUCACAGCUUGGCAUGGGUUUGGAUAUCCAGAUGUACUUCAGAAGGUGGUAUUUGACACGGGCAGCGACUUCAGCUGGAUCCGUUGCAACAUGACAAGAAUUAAUUCCACGGAGAGCUACCAAGGAGCAUCGUACGCCCCCGCAGAUUCUUUCACCUCCAAGCUAGUCUUCUGCGGAUCUUCAAACUGUUUAAAGGCGGGAGGAAGGUGCAAAGUUGGCGGCAAUGAUCAUUGUUUCUUCUCCACCCACUACAUGGACGCAUCAAGCACACAAGGUAUAGUCUUUAUGGACGAAUUAAACCUGACAUACUUUGUGUCAGUCAAACAUUUUCUGUUUGGAUGUGCUACUAGUGAUGUGGGAUAUUUUGGUGACCUGGACGGACUUAUUGGGCUCGGGCGUGGCCCAAUGUCUCUAGCACAGCAGAUACACAAGACGGAUGCCCCAUCAGUUGAUAUUACACACAAUGGGUUUUCAUACUGUAUUCCAUCGUCAAGGAGUAAGAAGAGUGGGUUCCUCACCUUUGGCAGGAUGGACGAGUCGACCUCCGACAUUACAUUCACCAAAAUGUUUAGGCAUAGGACUCACAUGUCUUUGUAUUUUGUGGAUUUAACAUACAUGUACGUCGGCAAUGAGUUUAUUGCUAUGCCGGUGAAGCAAGAAACAUUUGUGGACUCCGGGGCAACUUUGACAUACAUCCCACCUGAGGUUCACGGCAACCUCACUAGGGUGUUCCGGCAGGAGUUUGAGAAGUAUCUUAUUCCAAAGGAUGUCUACAUACUCGGCGGCUGCUUCAACUUCACAGACGCACCUGCUAACAUCCCUAUACCCCAAGUAAUUUUCGGCUUCAGUGACGGUACAGAGUUUGAUCUCAGUUAUGAAGGCAUCUUCUUUAAUCCGCGGCCGGGUAAGCGCAUCGCGUGUCUGGCGUUUCAUUCCCAGAGCGGCAUAUCUAUAAUAGGGAGGAGUGCACAACAAUCUGUAGAAAUUGUGUUUGACAUUGUAAACGACAACCUUGGUUUUGGUCCCAAGGGUGGUUGUUGA